UAGCAGCGCCCGAGCGGAACGUUGACACCGCGGCCGCGUUUCCGGCCGGGGCUGUUUUCUCUGCCCGCGCGGGGCGGUUUCGAGGGGGCGCCGGCGGAAGCGGAAGCGGCGGCGGGCGGGAUGGAGGAACCGGAGAUGCAGCUGAAGGUGAAGAAAGUGACGGACAAGUUCACCGAGAGCCUGUACGUGCUGGCCAACGAGCCCUCGGUGGCGCUGUUCCGGCUGCAGGAGCACGUCCGCCGCUCCCUGCCCGAGCUGGCCCAGCACAAGUCGGACAUGCAGAGCUGGGAGGAGCAGAGCCAGGGAGCCAUUUACACCGUGGAGUACGCCUGCAGCGCCAUCAAGGGCAUGGCUGACAGCGGGGUUUACUUCAAGAGCAUCGACAGCCUCCUCAAGCACUCCAUCGCCCUGAAGGAGCAGCUCAACGCCGCCCAGGGCCGCAGCACCUCCUCCUCCCAAUCCAAGAAUCCUCCAGGAACUUCCUGAUUUUCCAUCCUCGAUUUCCAAACCUCGGGAAGAGACGGAAAAAAAAAAUCCUAAAAAUCCUCCUUGACCUCCCCCUGAGGCUGCACAGGUAGAAAAGCCAAAUUCAGACCAAAAAUCAGCUGGAAAAAUCCCAAAUCCUCAUUUUUGGGACCUUUUUUCCAUGGAAAAACGGGCUGGGUUUGUGUUUAUCCUUCCUGCUUUUAUUUUUUCUCCAGGCUUUAUUUUUCCCACCCAAAAAAAAUGAGGUUUUCUUCAGGAAUUUGAUGUAAAAAAAGCUGGAAUGUGAGUUGGAAAAAAGCUUUUGUUGAUUGGAAUUCUCCAUGGAGAAGCUUUUCCAGCGGGUGCCAAGGAAUUGCUGGGUUUGGGUUUAAUGAGGACGAGAAUAAAAAGGAAAAAAAAAAGAAAAAUCCACCCCCCAUUAAAAAAACCAACGAGAAAAUUCCUUUUCGAGGUUUUAAACUUU